GGAGAAUUGCGUUCGUUGAUGCAAUGAAUGCAACCCGGAUGUAAUCUUUUCAUAAUGUGACCCGUUCGUGUCGCGAUGACCGACAAUCCUUGAGAAUGAGUUAUAAACAACUUGUUCACAAGUCUGGUAAUGGAUUAGUCUAGCAAGACUAUACCAGAGGUCCCACCAAAGCCUGGCGAGCUUCGGACCGAAUUGCGAGGCUUCAAACUCAGAGAAGCAGCUGCACAGCAGCAAAUGGAAACAAAACCUAAGAUGAACUAAUAUGGAAAUAAUAUAUAUAUAUAUAUAAUGGAAAUGGUCUCAGGGCAGGGCAUAUUUAUCACAGACAGUAAUCAUUGGUUUCAACAUAUUUGUAGGUAGACAACUGUGUGAACAUUAAAUGGACUUUUCAGAGUCUGGUGUUUUGUUUUGUUUUGUUUUUAAAGAAACAGACCGCUCCAAAAUGUCAGGAACAUUUCAGAUGUUAUUUGAACAUCUGAAAUUUAUUUGAGGUUAUCCAGCACUUUAAAUGGUGGCAGGUGCGCUGACUCCUAUGUAACAUAAAUUUGAAUAUAAGAUGGGGGGCCGGGGGUUGAUGGCUGGAUGUGUAAAAAAAAAAGCAUUUUUUUGUUGCCUGAUAUUUGUGUAAUUGUUUUAUAUGAAUCAAACAAGUUUAGCAACAUUUAUUUAUGUACGAUAUAAACGGGGUUUAUUGUUUUAAAUUUGUUGAAACACAUUGUCAGACCCUUUUUUUGGUGAAGCAGGGUCGUAUCUUAGCAACCGACAUCAACAAGCAGGAUGGAUGACAAGAUGGCGACCGAACGAGAGAAAGAAGCUUCUGCAUACUUGGAAAAACACAAAAUCUUCGAUCUCAUGAAAAACCUCACCAGCAUGCUCUUCUUUUAUAGACCCGAUGAUCCCAAAGAGUUUCUGAUCGAGAAACUCACACAACUAAAACAAGCUCGAGAUAGUGGCCAAAAGGCUCCCAGUCUCCUCAGCCCUUCUAACCUGGAUGCAGCGUUUGGUAUAGUGGACCCAGCCAAUGAAAGACAUGUCUCGUUUGCACAGUACAAACAGGCUCUCAUCUCAUUGGGCAUGAAAGACAUAAAUGAGUAUCCGGACGGCGUAAACGAAGACAAAAUAUCGUAUGAUACUUUCAUAACAGAAGGGAUGCUUAGCUUGGAGAAAUGCUCAGCGACAUACAAACAACCUUAAACUUAACAUUUACUCCUAAAAGUAACAGCUUAUUUGUCUCUUUAUACACUUUUGCAAUGUUUUUCUAGUAUUCGCUGUGAUACAGACCAACAUGAUUGCAUGACAUUAUUUUAUAACAAUUCAGACCCUGAUAAAUAAAAGAAUAAAACAGCAAAACAUA